AGAGAACUCUGGGAAUGCUUCUGGAGGACAGAAUAGGGUUUGGGUAAGCCAUGGUGGUACAAGGAAGGCAGCUUGACUCACUGUGGACAAAGAGUAAACAAAUUGAGUUGAAGGAAAAGAUCUUCUCCAACCAGGAUUGCCGGUCCUUGACCGCCUAGUUGGCAAAUCGCGGUUGGCUUCCCACGUCUCUUCCUCUCGGCCCUGUAAAUAUGAAAGCUUCGUUGGAGAUCGAGGAUUAAGCACGUCUAAAGUGCCCAAAGGUCUUGGCUCCAGGAGCAAGAUACAUCAAGUGAAGUGAGGAGGAGGUUUCAGGACCUGGCUGUCAUCAUUUGUGGGGACAUCGUUGACCAGAGACUAAGCUUUCUAACCGGAAAUUUAGGGCAGUUCAAGAAGAGACUAAAGACACAGCAUCCCAGUUACUGGCCAUUAUUUCCCAAUAACAGAAGAAAAUGAUCAAGGAUCAGGAAUUGCUGACCCUGGAGGACGUGGCUGUGGAGUUCACCUGGGAGGAGUGGCAGCUCCUGGCCCCUGCUCAGAGGAACCUGUACCGGGAUGUGAUGUUGGAGAACUAUAGCAACCUGGUGUCCGUGGGGUGUCAAGCCAGCAAGCCAGAUGCACUCUCCAGAUUGGAACAAGGAGAACCGUGGACAACAGAAGAUGGCAUCCACAGACGAACUUGUCCAGAAAUCAAGAAAGAUGCUGGUCAUCAACUGGGGCACUUGCAAAAUCGAAGAUGUCUAAAGAGGAUGGAACAAUACCAUAAACAUAAUGCAUUUGGAAACGUUCAUCGGAGUAAAAGUAAUUUUCCUUUACGGCAAAAAGAUAUAUCUGACUUACAUGGGAAAACUUUGAAAUCAAAUUUAAGUUUAGUCAACAGGAACAGAAGCUAUGAAGUAAAGAACCUUGUUGAAGUUAAUAGAAAUGCAAAAUCCUUCCUCCACACAAAGCAUGGGCACUUUCAUACUGAAAUUAAAUUUUCUGAAUGUGUAAAUUCUACAAACACAAAUUUACAAUUCAUUAAGCAUCAAAGAACUCAAAAGACAGAUAAACCCCAUGUAUGCACUGAAUGUGGGAAAGCCUUCAUCAAGAAGUCUCGCCUCAUUGAUCAUCAGAGAGUCCAUACAGGAGAGAAACCUCAUGGAUGUCCUAUAUGUGGGAAAGCCUUCUCCAGAAAGUCCAGGCUCACUGAGCAUCAGAAGACUCAUGUAGGAGAGAAGCGGUAUGAAUGCACUGAAUGUGACAAAGCCUUCCCCAAGAAAUCGCGGCUGCUUAUUCAUCAGAAAAUUCAUACAGGAGAGAAACCCUAUGUAUGCAACGACUGUGGAAAAGGCUUCAUCAAGAAGUCUCGGCUCAUUAAUCAUCAGAGAGUUCACACAGGAGAGAAGCCUCAUGCAUGCAGUCUAUGUGACAAGGCAUUCUCCAGAAAGUCCAGGCUUACUGAGCAUCAGAGAACUCAUACAGGAGAAAAACCGUAUGAAUGCACUGAAUGUGACAAAACAUUCCGCUGGAAAUCACAGCUCAAUGCACAUCAGAAAACUCAUACGGGAGAGAAAUCAUAUAUAUGCAGUGAGUGUGGAAAAGGCUUCAUUCAGAAGGGCAAUCUCAUUGUACAUCAGCGAACUCACACUGGAGAGAAACCUUAUAUAUGCAGUGAAUGUGGGAAAGGUUUCAUUCAGAAGGGCAAUCUCCUUAUACAUCAACGAACUCACACUGGAGAGAAGCCCUAUGUAUGCACUGAAUGUGGGAAAGGCUUCAGCCAGAAGACAUGCCUCAUCUCACAUCAGAGAUUCCACACAGGAAAGACUCCCUUUGUAUGUACUGAAUGUGGAAAAUCCUGUUCACACAAGUCUGGUCUCAUUAACCAUCAGAGAAUUCACACAGGAGAGAAACCCUAUACAUGCAGUGACUGUGGGAAGGCUUUUAGAGAUAAGUCAUGCCUCAAUAGACAUCGGAGAACUCAUACAGGAGAGAGACCAUAUGGGUGCUCUGACUGUGGGAAAGCCUUCUCCCACUUGUCAUGCCUUGUUUAUCAUAAGGGAAUGCUUCAUGCAAGAGAGAAACGUGUAGGUUCAGUCAAGUUGGAGAAUCCUUUCUCAAAGACUCACAGCUCUUCACAUGCAAAUGAACUCUUACAGGAGAAAAACCCUGUUAAUAUGGUGACCAUGCAAAUGCCUGCUGUGGCAGCUCAGACUUCCUUCCACAUCAGUGGGCUUCUAGCAGAUAGGAAGGUAGCCAUUGUGGGACAGCCGGGUGCCAGAUGUCCACCCUCAGCAGAUAAUAGAAUUUGCACAGAGAAACCUUAUGAAUGCAGUGAAUGUGGUAGUGCCUUCCGUGAUCAGUUACGUCAUAUUUUAUGUCACAAGAAACAUACAGGAAUAAACUGUGGUACAGUCAUGGUGGAGAAAACCCUUGAAUAAAACCUUCUAGCUUAUUAUAUGGCUGAUAAGUGUAUACUGUGAGACAUAGUAUGAAUACAGAGACUGGGAAAGCCUUUUGGGGAAAGAUAAACCCUACCACUGCUUCUUAGGUCACGUACCAUCAGUGAGCUCAUAUCUGGUAGAACUGUAAUGACUGUGGAAAAGUCCUUCCCCAGAAAUAAGACUUCAGUAGGUGUCAGAGAGUUCACACAGGAUAGAAACUCUUGGACCUUUGAAGACAGUGAAUUUGGCAGUGCUGCCCUUGGCACAUUCUGCCUCAUCAGUUGGCAGAGAAAAUCAUAUAGAAAUAAAACUGAACACACCACCUGUGGAACUUCUUCAGCAAAAUGUCAGAAAAAAAUGCAUAAAGGAAAUAAGCCCUGUGAAAAUGAAUACUAUUUUAGAGAUUUCUGUCAAUUCUAACAUAAUUAUACAUCUGAUAAUAUACAUAGUGUACAUUUUAGGACAAUAUACCUUGAAUCAAACUCCUAGUUGAUAUGUCAGUGACUCAAUUCAAACGGGGUUGUGUAUGUUACACAUCAUCAACUAAGGUUGUAACACAAUGCAUCCCCCUCCCUUUUUGAAGGGCGAGUGUCUUUUUCCACUCAGGGUCAUUAUAUGGUCUUGCAUUUCUUCGUUUCUAAGUUUAUUCAGUUUAUUUCAGACUACUGAAAUAGUAGUGAUUAACUUUAUAAAUAUCACCCCGGAACAAAGCUCAAAACUCUUGAGUAACCUAUUAGCCAAGCUCUUACCAUAGAAGACAGUUCCCAUCCUGUGCACACACCACUCAGGAAAACUUUAACAACUAUUUCCUUUACCUAGUACUGUCUAGGACCUAUAGAUGAUGACAGUAAUGAACUAAACAAAAAGUCCUUGCUACCUUUGAGCUAGCAAUUUUUUUAAAACUAGAUUUCAUGCAUAUAGCAAUGUUACCCUCCAGCAAAUGUGAUCAAAGGCUGUGUACACGUACAUUAGUUGAAAGGGACAUACAGUAUAAGGAACAAAGUGUCCUGAUAAUUUCUUGUUCAAGGGGCAUAUUGUUAUUAUUUGGAGGGGGAGGGAAAGGGAUUCACUUAGUUUUACGUACAUAACAUGGAUACUUUUAAAAAAUGUUCGUGUCUUGGCUCUCUACCUAGAUUAAAACUUCUUUGAUAGUUUAUAGAUAAUUGUAUAUUCCCCAGCACAUUGGAAAGUAGAAAUGAAUUAUACAUAGAUUUGAAAGAUGAAUGAAUGACCUAAUUGAGUGAUCAAAAUUAUUUUUGCCACUGAAGGAAAGAAGCUACUGGAAGGAAAGUCUAAGGAUCAGUGUUAUUCCAAGAAACAAUUUUUUAAAAUCCUGAAUAGAAGCUACUGUCAGAAUGUAAAAGGGGCAGAUCAGAGAAGGAAUAGGACCCAUAGAAUACAUCCAAUUAGUGAAGAAAAUAGCUUCAAAAAUGGAGGGUAGCCUGUGAAAUAGGUGAAGGUGAGAUCCCUUUGGAUGUCUUGGAGAAGAACCCUUGCAUUCAUCCACAGGUCUGUCACCUAAUUUUAGAGUUGCCACCAUUUCAAAGAUCUUGGCUCCUCUGUGACAUGAUGAAUCGAGAUGUGAUUUAGCCUUGUCAUUCAUUCUCACUCUCUUGGGAAUGGGGCCCUUGUCGUCUCUUCUAUACUCAGGGUUCUUUCCCUUGAUCCAAUAAAGAUUAUUCCGCUUAAAAACAGUGAGUCCUGCUUAUAAGGAAAAAUAAAGUAGAAAUUUGCCAUGAA